AUGUUGAAGUUGUGGCUCGGGCUCGCGCUAACGGCUGACUCAUCGGCUUUAUUCAGGGAUCGUAAUAGUUUUGGGAUGAAUCUAAAAAGACCAUCGGAGCUCUACAAACACCUAAGAGUUUCCAAGAGACAUAUCCUGGGAAAAUCCCAUGAUGACGUCGUUACAUCACUCCCAAAAGACAAUGAUGCCCCAGAGCUAGAGUCACGACUUCAAUUCCAUAAACAAUUUAUGAUCGGAGCGCAAAAUAACAGAGUAGGGUUAGGAUCAAGUAGGAAAGUCCAAGAUACGGAUAUAUUGAAGUCUUUUAUUCGGCAAGACGAGAACGAUAAAUACAAGAUCCAUGCAAUGAGUUUAGAAAUGCAGAACGAUUGGUUAGACAUGGGAGAUUUUUGCAUUCCACUAGCACUAAAAUGGCGCACCCUAAUUCAUGACUGGUCGCCAGCCUUGCUAAAAUUUUAUCUCAAUGCGUUCCAGAUGACUCUCCCAGAUCAGAGUAAUUUAGUAAGAUGGGGUAAAGGUACCGAAAAAACUUGCUAUAUCUGCGGAAAGGCAGUUGGAACUGCCAAGCAUUUGCUGGUGGGAUGUAGGGUUCUCCUGGACAGCGGUCAAUACUCGCGUCGUCACGACAGGGUUUUAGAGAUCAUACGUUUUGUGAGAGAGGGCACCAGGGCUAUAAAAUCAAACGUCAAGCCUUACUCUAUCCUUAAAGCGGCUUCGGAUUGGACUAUCAUGAUGGAUGCGUAUGAGAAACAAUACAAAAUCCCCGAGGAUAUUUGUGCGUCGGCCUCCAGACCAGACAUAUUUCUAUAUUCGCGUAUUUUAAAGCGCGUUGUGAUGAUAGAGCUUACGGUGCCUUGGGAAACCAACAUCCCCAAAGACCAUGCCAUCAAGGUCAAUAAGUAUUACGAGCUCACUAACGAACUAACUCGAAAUAGGUUCGUCGUUGAUUUGUACGCGGUAGAGGUGGGAGCGAGAGGUAUAACAGCUGAAUCUCUCUAUAACCUACUAAAAGACUUGGGCCUGUCCAGAACUAACAUUAAUUCAUUCUUAGAACGUACGUCGAAGGCAGCCCUAGUAGGUUCUUUUCAAAUUUGGUUAGGUAGGGAGAGGAACUUGGACAGUGGAGGUGAGCGUAUAACGCGCGUUAGUUAA